AUGAAGAUUGCACUAUUAGCCAAAAACAAAUUAGGUUUUGUGGCUGGUACUUGUUUUAAAGAGUCGUUACCAGAUGAGUUGGGAUAUCAAUGGGAGCGGUGUAAUGCUAUUGUAUCAUCUUGGAUUCUAAAUACAGUUAGCAGUGAGUUCUCAGCCGGAAUCGUUUUUGCCUCUAGCGCAACAGCUGUAUGGAAAGAUUUUAGGGAAUAUUUUCAUAAGGAUGAAUGCGAUACUCUUGUACCUUUUUCUUCAUGUGGUUGUGAUCAGUCAAGGCAGAAUGUUGAACAUGCGUUGCAACAGUGCCUAUUUCAAUUUUUGAUGGGGUUGAGUGAGUCGUAUAAUGCAGUGCACAAUCAAAUAUUGUUGAUGAACCCAUUACCAACUGUAAAUCAAGCUUACUCCAUGCUUACACAAGAGGAAUCUCAGAAGCAGCAUAGUUCGAGUGUUGUAGGUUUAGAUCUAGUUUCUUUACACUCAACGCAUGUUGUUCAAAAGAAGCGGUUUAAUGGAACGUGUGAUCAUUUCAAGAUUAAAGAGCAUAAAAGAGAGAAUUGUUAUAGGAUAAUUGGCUACCCGGCUGAUUUUAAGUUCACUAAGAAGAAGACAAAUAAUGUUUUAGGGUUUGUGGUGAACAAUGCUUCAAUUAAUGAUUCUACUAGUAAUGGUGAAGUGGUUCGUGAUGUUGGUAUUGUGAUUGGUCCACAAGCGCUUGACCUCUUAAGUGGAAAGAUGAGGGGGAUUGGUAGGAAGCAAUGUGGUCUUUAUAUCGUGCAACCCUCUCAACAGACUAACAUGGCUAUAAAUCCACCUAUUACAUCUCUUUCAGCAAAUGUUGAACCAUCUUUCCUUUGGCAUGCUAGACUUGGAAAUGCUUCUGUUUCAAGAUUAAAUAAGCCUCUUUUCCAAAUGGAUGUCUACAAUGCUUUCUUGCAAUGUGAUCUGCAUGAGGAGGUUUAUAUGGAUAUCCCAGAAGGUUUUCGCAAACAGAGGGAGCACAAGAACUUUAAGAUGAAGGACUUGGGUGCACUAAAUUUUUUUCUUGGUAUAGAGGUUAUAAGGUCAAGUAAAGGUAUUGUGUUAAGCCAAAUGAAGUAUGUGUUGGAGUUGAUAGCCGAUGUUGGGUUAGGAAAAGCAAAACCAGCAAGUACACCUCUUGAACAAAAUCAAAAACUUACUUUAACUGAAUAUGACGAAACUAUACAACCAACUGUCAAUGAUGAUGAGCUAGUUUCAGAUAUUGCAAUAUAUCAAUGA